AAAAAUUAUUAUCUUAGAUUUCAUAGAAUUGUUUAUGAGUUCAGGCCUUCAGUCUCCAAGGUAAUCAAGGUUGCCCGGUCCAGUGGGCCCACUGUGACCUUUGCCAAUUUCCCAAUUGGGCGCCGCGCGGGCAGAGGAUCUUGUAUCGCACUUUUUGAAAGUUACCUGCUCCACAUCCUUUAUUCCGUUUCUGGUGCGCUGAACGCAGAGAGAGAGAGAGAGAGCGUUAGAAGUUAGAACAAUAGAACCAAUCCUUAUUUGUUGCCUUUUCAGCUACCACGAUCCUCUCAUCUCUCACUGCGUUUAUAUUUACAAGUAAUCGUGUGGAAAAUUCUCUUUCGUUCCCUUCAUCGGCUUCUCCAUUCUCAAAACCCUAAUUUUUUUUUAGGGGGGAGGGUCGAUUUUGGGAGGAGAAUUAACGAUGGUUUUCUACUUCAAAGCCCGACCAGAAGCUGGUGAUUAUACGAUCUUCAUGGGAUUGGACAAGCACGAGAACGAAGAGCUCAUCAAAUACGGAUUUCCAGAAGAUGUCUGGUUCCAUGUCGAUAAAAUGUCUUCGGCCCAUGUUUAUGUGAGACUGAACAAGGGUCAGACAGUUGAAGAUAUAAGUGAGGGUUUAUUGGAAGAUUGUGUUCAGCUUGUCAAAGCAAAUUCUAUCCAAGGCAACAAGGUGAAUAAUGUUGAUGUUGUUUACACUCCUUGGUAUAAUUUGAAGAAGACGGCUUCAAUGGAUGUUGGGCAAGUUGGUUUUCACAACCCUAAGAUGGUCCGAACCGUGAGAGUUGAAAAACGAAUAAAUGAGAUAGUUAAUAGACUGAACAAGACAAAAGUUGAAAGGAAGCCAGACUUAAAAGUUUAUGCAGCUGAGAGAGAAGCAGUUAAUGCUGCAGAAAGGGCAGAGAGAAAAGUCCAUCUGAGAGAUAAAAAACGGCGAGAGGAGAUGGAGAGGCUUGAAAAGGAGAAACAGGCAGAGAUGAGGAGCUACAAGGGCCUGAUGGUCCAAGAGAAAAUGACUUCUAACAAACAGAUUGCAUCAACGACCAAGUCACUGCAGGAACUGGAAGACGAUUUCAUGUAAUUCCUGCACAAAAACUCGAUGGCUUAUUUCCACGAAGAGGGAAUCUGCCAGAAGAGAGAAAUCUGUACGUUCCUGGUGCAGAUAUGUCGCUUGCAUGAGUCAAAUGUUGAUGACCCUCUAAUUGGAUGCGGCUGGAAAGGUAGAGUGGUGGAGCAGAAGAUGAAUCUUCAUAUUGUCUGGUUGAUUUGUAUCUCUUAAGACUUGAAUAAUGGGGAUGAUUGAUAAACAUGUCAAAGUAUUAUUUUAUUGAUUUUAUGCAAAAGCCCUGAUUGAUACUUGGUGCUUCAA